AUGGCAAUGAUUAUGGUAAAAAGCGAAGAAACCCUCGGAAAAAGGUGCAUGCAUGAAGAAGUAGAAGGCGGAGCUUACAAAGCGAUUAGGUGCGUUAAGCGUAGAAGAAGAGAUACGAAAGAUCGAAAAGAGAUACAGCAAAACGAAAGUGGGCCCGCAAAUGUUUCUUCGGGUAUUAAGACGACAACCGUGAAGAGAAGUUCGAGGUUUCGUGGUGUGAGUAAGCAUAGAUGGACCGGUCGAUACGAAGCUCAUUUGUGGGACAAACUCUCUUGGAAUGUCACUCAGAAGAAAAAGGGUAAACAAGUUUAUCUUGGAGCCUAUGAUGAAGAGGAAGCUGCAGCAAGAGCUUAUGAUUUAGCUGCACUAAAAUAUUGGGGGGCAUCGACUUUUACCAAUUUUCCGGUAAUUUUCUUUUCUUACAUAUCUGAUUACGAGAAAGAAAUCGAAAUCAUGCAGAAUCUCACAAAAGAAGAGUACUUAGCCUCAUUGAGAAGAAAGAGCAGUGGCUUUUCAAGAGGGGUGUCAAAGUACAGAGGAGUUGCUAGACAUCACCACAAUGGAAGAUGGGAGGCAAGAAUAGGCAGAGUUUUUGGCAACAAGUACCUCUACCUUGGCACUUACAGUACUCAAGAAGAGGCUGCUCGAGCAUACGAUAUUGCCGCAAUCGAAUACCGAGGAAUUAAUGCAGUCACUAACUUCGACUUGAGCAGCUACAUCCAAUGGUUGAAGCCCCAAGCAAACAACUCAUCCUCCCCCACUGAAGAAGAAACAAAGCCGUUAUUCACACAAUCGCGGGGGGCAUUUUCGUCUUUUCACACUGACGACAAAUUACACGGCGGGAGAAAAAUCUCGUCUAGCUCGUACGGAAAGCCUUCAUCUCCUACGGCUUUAGGGCUUCUACUUCGAUCUUCGGUUUUCAAAGAGCUCGUCGAAAAGAACUCGAAUUUGUCCGAAGAAGAAAGUAGUGACGACGACGAGAACAAUAUGAAGAUCAAUAAGCAAAGUGAAGUUAGUAGUAAAGACGAAUACGAUGAUCUGUUCUGUGAUAUUCCGUUCGAGUUUCAACGGCAAUUUCAUUACGAUUACGAUUAUUCGGAAAUGAUUGGGGCUGAUACAGUAGGCAUUGCUCCUAUAUGGUAA